CCCGAAUCGCAACUCAUGAUAUCUUCUUCACAUAUCGUCUGAAGAGCCUACUCGAAGCUCGUCAGUUUUUGUUUUCCACUCGUGGCCUCGUUGCGGAACACACCCUGGGAUUGAAUCGCCAGGCGGCAGCGAAGUCCCAAGCUCCGGGUAUCGAGUCCUACCCCAAAAGCCCAGCGCUAUCGUUUUGCUACAUUGCACACCUCCGUGUCAGCUGCUCUGGCUUUCUAUGCCAUCCUGAAUUCCAUGAUUGCUACGGGAUACAUUUCCCAUCUCCCAUACUAGCGCACUCUUGUCUGAGACGAAUCCCCACGCCGAUUGUACGAGCCGGCUGGAGGCACGCGCGAAAUAUUGGCCUACGAGUCAGUCUUUGACAUCAGAGCGGCUUCGGUGUGGCUGUGGGCAAUAGUGGAGGAUGGCAGACUUCUCGCUGGUGCCCAGUGGACAUGGCAGCAACUACACUGGUAUGCUCACGAGGAGCAUCGUCUUCUCAGUGGCUCUCUUUGUCUUUUUGGCCGCCUCGGGCAUGACUAUCGCCUCCAUCAUUGUUCCCAAUUGGAUCGCGUUCGAUGGAAGCACGUCACAUGGCGAUCCUGUCCAUUAUACCUAUGGCCUCCAUCGAAGGUGCUCCAGCACCAAUAUCCCCCCCUCCUUCGACAGUCGCUCGACGAGUUCCAAUGUGAUGGCCGAUUCCCUUCAAUGUGUUCAGUUCCCAAGAUAUAACGACUGUCGUGGAGACGAUCGAUAUUUUUGUAGUAUGUGGAGGUCUGUUGGGUUUUUGAUGUCCUUCGCCGUGGUUUUGGAAGGCAUGACGAUUGCGGCCUUUGCCAUUCUACUCGUGGGAGGUAAACAAAAGAGAGAACAAGGCUGGGGGGUGCUUACAAUCUUGGUUGCUUUGGCCGCGUUUGUACAAGCCAUCGGUAUGGCUCUGAUGGCUUAUCUUUACGAAAACGACGAAAGAUUUUUCUCGGGAUGGUUCUUGGACAAGAGCUGGACCAUGUGCACAAUUUCUUGGAGUUUCCAGGCAGUCUGCGCCAUUGCUAUUACGCUUGCCGCGGUCGUUCUUCCGAGCGAGGGAGGUUAUGAAUUGAUUCCGGACCAUGCUUAAAACCAGGAAGAAACACUAGACAUACAUGUUGGCGCAGGAAGGCGAAUUAUACGGGGUUUCUCUAGCGAAAUUGACUCUUUUGAGCACGAUCUCCCCUGGUGGUGUCGAGCAAGAGUCGGCGUCCAUGGAGUGUGUAGAUGCUGUUUAUGUGAGCGCAAUGGAUAAUCUUCACAUCAGGGGAGUGGUGGACUAUGCGCCGUAGCAUUUCUCUGAGCCUUUACACCAUGCAGCCUUGUUGGAGUCUCGGGCAUAGAUACGGAGUUGUAAUGGUACCCAUUGCUACCUGUUGUCGCUGAUUUGAGUACUUUUUG